UUCCACAAACAAAACUAUCAUAUGUUUUAUCGCCAUGCAAACAUACAAAGAACUUAUUACUACUGAUUUGUGAUGUCCUUAGGAACAUGACCAAAAAAUUACCUGAAAAAUUAUUUAAAGCAUCUUUACUUGGAAAAUUUUUUUCCAUUUAGCUCGAUGAAUGAAUUAGGUCUAGCCAUUACUAUCUCGCUAUGGAUUGCAACAUUGUUGAUCUUGGCAAUAGGGGUGGCAUUUUGGAAAACGAGAAAGAAAAAGCGUCGAAGUUCUGAAUCUGAAGAAGAAUUUCUAAGUGAAGAAUUCAGUCAAAUCGACGAUGAACCAGCUGUGGCAACGAAGGUUUCUUCUGUUCAACCUACAUAUAAACCUUAUCCAAUAACGCACGAGGUAAGAAACAUUUCCAAACAGUUAGAAACUUUGGUCAACAUAUAUCCCUACGAUCUUCUUGAACGAUUUUCUUCCUUAAUUGAAAAGGAAAUUUAG